CUUUCUCGCUUACCAAAACUUUCUCACUUGUCUCAUAAAUCAUAAUAAACCCAAAAAAUCAGGGAAUUUCCCAAAACCCUAAAAUUUCACUCGAAUUGCCUACCCUCCUCUCUCAAUAGAUGACAGAUCUAAUGGUUCCGAGCAAGAGACCGCGAGCCCCAAGCUUCUCCGAUAAGCAUCCUGAUGAGUACGUAGGUUCUUCGGAUUGGUUGCCGGCCGAGAAAGACAAGCCUCAGGUUCAGGUCAAUAACUUCCUUGAGCUAUGCCGUUUCUGCAACAAGAACCUGCGUCACGACGAGGACGUUUUCAUGUACGGAUACUUGGGGGCAUUCUGUUCAAAACAAUGCAGAGCAAAACAGAUGGCGUUGGACAUCUUUAGGGAAUUCCCGCGACAGAAAGCAAUUGCUAAGAAGGGAAGAACCUCCAAAGAUGAAGUGUUAGAGAGGAUCUCAUCAUCAUCAUCAUCAUCACGCUUUUAUAUAUGAUUUUGUAUUUAAUGAUGAUUCAGUGUAGAUGGAUAUGUGCAACAAAGCCCUUUGUCUCGUUUUUUUUAGGGGGAAUUGGCUUACCACUCUCACAAGUUUGCAUCGGCAUUGUUAUUACAUCUGUCGAUGAUCAAACUUUCUCUUUGUUUUUUUUAGGACUCUCUUUUUUAAGUCUUGUUUGAACAAACCAAUUUGAUGUAC